AUGCGCCCAGCCUGCAGUCUGCGACAAGCCAGUCGCUCAAGUCGCACCCUCCUGCGCUCCCAAGGCCCUACGCCACUCCGAACCUCUCGGACAAUCACCACAGCCCAAUGCCCGCGCCAUGCGAUAACACCACAAUGCGCACCAUAUAUACCUCGCCGUGCCUUUAGCCUGCCUUCGCUCUCCUCCUUCAUUCCCUCGCCUAAAGGCAACAGCGACCCUAAGCGCGUCCUCACAGCCACACGCACCCUCCCGUUCUCGCCCGCUCUCCUCUUCAAAGUUAUCUCCUCGGUCGAAUCCUACUCGCAAUUCCUCCCUUUCCUCACAGCCUCAACGGUCACAGCCCGCGAUCCAAAUUCAGGUUAUCCGACCCAAGCCUUUCUGACGGUCGGCUACGGUCCUCUCAGCGAGACUUUCACUUCGCGCGUAGACUGUGAUUCCGCAAAAGGCGUCGUCGAGGCGCGCAGCGGUGCCAAGUAUGCACAAAAGACCGAGGCAGCGAAGAGCGGGUUGGGUGGAUUCUUUUCCUGGUGCAAACGAGGGGAUCUUCGAGUAUCUUGA